AUGGGUCACGCCGCAGGUCUCCGUUCUGGCACGAGAUACGCCUUCUCCCGGGGUUUCCGGAAGCAUGGCCAAAUCCCUCUGUCGACCUAUCUCAGGACGUACAGGGUCGGCGACAUUGUUGACAUCAAGGUCAACGGUGCUGUUCAGAAGGGCAUGCCCCACAAAUUUUACCAUGGCAAGACCGGUGUCGUCUACAACGUCACUAAGUCGGCUGUCGGUGUGAUCGUUUACAAGAGGGUCAAGCACCGCUACAUCGAGAAGCGCAUCAACGUUCGGAUCGAGCACGUCAAGCCGUCGCGGUCACGGGAGGACUUCCUCCGUCGCGUGAAGGAGAAUGCUGAGCUGAAAAAGAAGGCGAAGGCUGAGGGCGUUCCGGUCCAGCUGAAGAGGCAACCUGCAAUGCCUCGCGAGGCCCACACAGUCUCGAUUGCCGACAACAAGCCCGUGACGCUCGCUCCCGUCGCCUACGAGACCACCAUCUAA